AUGCAUCCAGUUGGAAGAAUCAACACGGAUUGGUCAUGGGAGGACCGUUUCCUUGUCUAUAUGUACCGGUUUGAUGGUACAAUGAGUGCUCGUGAUCCUGCCACACAGUUGCACUCGAUUAGAAGGGCGAAACAUUCCAACGGUACAUUAGUGGGCGAUAUUAUACCACUGACGCAGAUCAAGGCUCCUGUUAAUCUCAUUCCUCACUUUGGAGCCAGUGCAGACAGCCAUUUUACCUCACAGAACAGCAUGGAGCACACCUUCCUGCCUGUAUUUUUAACUUUCGUGCUAUUGGUUGUCAACGAGCUUCUUUCUGAUAUAUUCUUAGUUCAACAAGCAUUGAUGGAUGUAGUGACGCCGUGCGAUAAGGGCAUCUUGUUGCUCCCACCGUUGUCAUAUUAUAGCUUAGAGUAUACCAAACAAAUGCCACCUCAGUUCUUUUUCAGGAUGGGUGGCUAUGGAAUAAAGUUGUCGUCAUUGGUCUCGCUCCCUGCUGCUGUUUCAGGCGAUGCCCUUACAAUGAACAAGUACACAGCUGAGGAACUAAAUCAUCUAGUUACACAGGAAGAUGAACCCUCUGAUUCGCAAUCGCUGGGACACAUGCUCUCUCAUAUCUUUCAGCCUUUCAGCAUACCUCUACCGGAUCUAUCUACACUCCAGAUCCCACUCAAAAACAUCCUUUAUCACAACGAACGUACCAAAGCAAAAUUCAGCAAAAAUUCACCAGACGACCUGGUGCCAUUGUAUGAUACUGAUGCACAGCUAUGGAACUGGGACCUUCCAACUCUUGCUCCCACAAACGAAUCUGAAUCAACAACUCACUCUCAACCACCUGAAAGCUUAGAUUCGGAGGGCAAUGCAGGGACUGGCGAAACCGCAAAAGCAACUCAUGAAGAAAUUUUCUCAUCAUUCUUCAAUGCUUUGGCUAUCUGCUUAGCGAAGGCAGAGCCCAAACUACUAGCCAACCCCACUGCGACACACACGUGGACUGCGGCCCAUGCACAUAAAGCAUUACCUGGUAGUGAGGUGAACCGGAAACCCGAUCUCCUCUUAUCAGAUGAGAUCACAGCAAAUUGGGGGAAUAUCAGGGUAUCAGCUGAGCUGACGCACAGUUCAUAUCAACCUGCAUUGCGACUCGUGAAAGCUGCUGAUAGUCAUGCAUAUCUCAUGCUGAGCGAGCAGACCUGGAGGCGCUUUGCGCUUGUACUAUCACUCACCAACGAGUACCGGGAGCUCAGAGUCCUUUUCUAUGAUCAUGCCAGUGGUGUCGUGUCCCCUGCCUUCAAUAUCUACCGAAAACCAAGCAUUGUUGCUCACAUUAUUGCUGCCCUUCAUUUCGGCAGCCUCAAGUGCAUAGGCUAUGACUUGAUAGUCUCCUUCACAAGACACAUUUCUCCUCCCCAACGCCACACCAAUAACUAUCAUCUGAUCAAGAACCUCCCUGCCAAAUGGCAACCUGCAGAUCACAUCAUGGCUGCAGCCACAUCUGAGCUCCCUUAUCCACCACCCAAUGAUGUUGAGGGUGCACCAAGUGCUGUCAUCGAGACGAUAUAUCCCGACUCAGAGCCCGAGUCUGAGCCAGAGCCAGAACCAGAGUCCGAGUCAGAGUCAGAGUCAGAGUUGCAUGCUGACGAUGGUACACACAUUUCUAUGAAGAAUCUGGAGGAUCCCCACCUGGUACAAGCCACUGCCAUCUCCAGCGCCCCCCUUCUCAACCUCGCAUCCCAAGCGCCUGAGGAGCCUGACAGUAUCUAUUCUGCUACACCCCAUCCUUCACAAUUCCCGUAUUCAGCUCAGUCACCUGAACCGUGUGGCAAAAUUCGUGUCAGGGACACGAUCUACACGAUCACAAGGAUCCUGUUUGCGAGUCGCGGCCUUGUUAGUCGCGGAACUGUCUGCUACUUGGUCUCUUUGGAUGAUAAGGAAUUCAUCAUCAAAGACCAUUGGGUUCAGGGUAAGGAGGAUCAGGUGAUCUUGAAUGAGAUCGAAAUGUUGAAGUGCAUGCCUGGCGUCCCUGGCGUUCCCGAGUUGGUGGAUUGGUGGGUGGUUGAAAGGUCGAAUGGAGAACCUGAUGUGACCAGCAAAUAUCGAAAACAACCGCAGCACCUAAGUAUUGCAGGGACCAGUCGCUCACACAUUCGACUUUUCGUGAAAGCGCUGAGGGACAUUGUCAUCAUUCAAUGCACGGCGGUGGAGGAACACAAGGUUCUACACCGCGACUGCAGCUUAAAUAACACAAUGAUUGUAGAUCUGUUAGGAGGUGGUAGUAAAGGGUUUCUAAUUGACUGGGAGUUCGCAGUGCGCAUCAACCCAGAUCUGAAGUAUGCCAUCGGUGGUACGGGAACAAUCCCGUUCAUGUCUCACGGGCUUCUCGCCCAACUCUCAGAUGCACAACAGGCAGUGCUGGGCGGAAAGAAACCGAAAUAUAUCCCGAAAAUGUCUUCAAACGCUUUGGCAUUGCCUGUAUUGCAUGUCAUUCAAUGCUUUUCAGACGACCUCAAAUCACUUUUCUUCAACUUCAUCUGGAUUUGCAUCAAAUUCUGUGGCCCCCAUGGCUAG